CAGGACAAGCAAACAGUGGAUAAUAUGGGCCCAGGAGGGCAGGUUGCGAUUGGGUGGUUGAGACUCAUAUCGCUCAUUCGUGCCUGGUCGCUUCAGCACAUGGAAGAUUCCUUUCGUGCCCUUCCUUCUGGAGCCGUGAUGUUUCUGUAUGGCAUCUCCCGUCAGAUCUCUGAGCCUUCAUCAGCAAGGGCCGUCACACUACGGAGAGUCCCAAUAUCGUUUAUCUUGAGUUGUAUGCCUGCAUGGAAGUGUGUUAUCUUAUCAAGAAGUAUAUAUAGACUAUAUAUAUCUAGUUUGGUCUGUUGCAUGACCUGCAACGGUAAGCACCUUGACCAUCCAGGUAUGUGUCAACGUUGGGGAAUUUGA